AUGGCUAACGACGUCUUUCCGGCGUCGCAGGCGGGCUCGCAUUUUCCGCUAGAGCCGGUAUCCGCCGCAGUGCUGUGCCGUCGGGAGACGACGCGGCGGGAUGCGAUAAGAGAGAGGGGCGCCGUGAGGGUCGGGUGCCGGGAGUUGGACGAGGAGGUCCUCCUCACGGGCGGUUUCGAGAGGGGCAACGUGGUCGGUAUCAGUUCCGAGAGCGAGCAGAUGGGACUCUUGAUGUCUUUGCAGACAUUGGCGAACACGCUUUGUGAUCAAGGCGGCGGCGUUGGCACUGUGGGAGCAAGCACGAAGAUGAGGGCGAGUGCGAUGAUUGUCACUACGCAGCCACCUGCUGCCAUCCUCCCGGCGCUGAGGGAUGCAAUUAGGGCCGAGCUCGGUGUGCAAGGGAUCGCCGAGGCGGAGGUGAAGGGCUUGCUGAAGAACUGCCUGGAGAGAGUGUCGGUGUCGAGGGUGUUCGACCUGGAGGGGCUAUGGGAGGUCUUGGGGGAUCUGGAUAUCCCUCCCGCGAGCUCGGGUGCGGAGGCACCGUCUGUCCCCGAGCAGCGGCAACAGCAGCAGCCGGAUGAAAAGAAGCAAAUAAGAGAGGCGGUUCACGUCCCAGAACCCUCGACGGAGUCUCCAAUGCCAUCGGCGCCGGAGGAACUGCCGGAGAGAAUCGUGCUACCGGAGCUGAAACCGCCAAGGCCUACCAGGACGGAGAUCGCCGACAGCGACGCAGAGGAUUUCUUGUCGUCCGCAUCGUCAUCGAGCGAGUUGUCGCCGCCGCCUUCCUCGAUCCGGUCUCCGACGCCGUACAUGGAAGUGGAGUCUCCCAGACAGACGACCUCACAAGAGAACAUCCUGGAAGUGAUCCAAGAAGUAGAACAAGAGCGGGUUCAAGAGGAGCUUCAAGAGAAACCCCUAGAGCAGAACAAGAGCCACCCCCGAGGGGAGGAGCCGAACGAACCAGAUCUACCUGACAUUAUCCUCAUCACGCACUUCCACAGCCUCAUGACGGCCCUUUUCACGCACCGCAACCGGCAAUCCGCGCAUGCCUCGUUGCAGCUCCUCUCCUCACACCUGCGGUACCUGGCGCGGAGCCUCCCGAGCAGCCCGUUGAUCAUGCUUCUCAACAGCACGAGCUCGCCAAAAGAGACGUCGAAGUCUGCGAAUCUUCAGGACAGUUCUGCGCAGCCGAUGCCGCCGCCACCGCCUCCGAACUACGGCGGAAAUGCCGGUGGCAGUGGUAACAAGCCGCUUGAUCCGACCCUCCGGUCGAUAUUCAACCUGCCACCACUGAACGUGGCGGGCUACUACGGCGGCAGCCAGGCGGCAUCGCGACGGAAUAAGCCGACGUUCGGGCUGGUGUUUUCGCAGCUUUUGGACCUGCAUCUCCUGUGCACGAGGGUCCCGAGGGAUAGAGAGGAUUCCGAGAAGCUGUAUGCUUCCGCGCCUGAACGUGGGCCAGGCGGCGGUGGCAGAGAAGAUGCUACCGAGGUCCCGGGAGCCGUGAGGUAUGUUUGGGUUAUCGAGGUCCUUCUCGACGAGAACGGCGUCUGGGAAGGGGGCAGCUCUGCCGGUGCUGUUGGCAAGGCAAGGCGGGGGAGGGAGCAGAGGUGGGCGGCUGUCGAUGUCAGAGGCGGAAGGGUGGUUGACGCAUUCGAGACUGUCGUGGAGAGGGUCGCGGAGGUGAGGGUUGUUGGUGGGUUUGGAGGGCCCCGGGUCUGA